UCUUUAGCUUGGUCGAUCGGCAGCCAGCAGCCGCAGCAGCAGCAAAAGCAUCAGAGAAGCAGGGAUGUUGUCCAAGUCUUAUUCCAAUCUUCUGGAGCUCGCAGCUGGCGAUCUGCCUCCGUUUGUUCGGGGCAGGAUGCCACGCGUGAUGACAGUGGCAGGAUUUCCCGCAGAGCUCCAGCAGCACGAGGAUGACAACAACGGCAACAGCGGGAGCAGCUUGAUACCCGACUGGAACUCGUGCACGGCGCAGGACCGGACGAUCAUCGUCGCCAACAUGCUCCCGUUGAACGCGGAGAGGAAUCCCAGCAGCCUGUGCUGGGACUUUAGCUGGGACGAGGAGUCCCUCCUCCUCAGGCUCAAGGAUGGCCUCCCUGAGGACAUGGAGGUUCUUUACAUCGGCUGUCUGAAUGUCGAGGUGGAGGCUCAAGAACAGGACGAAGUGGCUGCCAGCCUCCUUGAUCGUUUCAACUGCGUCCCGGCAUUUCUACCGAGCCAUCUCCGUUCCAGGUUCUACCAUGGUUUUUGCAAGCAGCACCUGUGGCCGCUCUUCCACUACAUGCUCCCUCUCAGCCCGGACAACGGCGGCCGCUUUGAUCGCUCGCUCUGGCAGGCUUAUCUUUCCGUCAACAAGAUCUUUGCGGACAAGGUCAUGGAAGUGAUAUGCCCGGACGACGACUACGUUUGGAUCCACGACUACCACCUCAUGGUGCUGCCUACGUUCCUCCGCAAGCGCUUCAACAGGAUAAAGAUGGGAUUUUUCCUGCACAGCCCGUUCCCAUCCUCGGAGAUAUACCGCACUCUACCUGUCCGGGACGAGAUACUCAAGGCCUUGCUCAACUCCGACCUGAUAGGAUUCCACACUUUCGACUACGCGAGGCACUUCCUCUCGUGCUGUAGCCGGAUGCUGGGGCUCGAGUAUGAAUCCAAGCGGGGGUACAUUGGUCUCGACUACUACGGGCGGAGAGUCGGGGUGAAGAUCAUGCCUGUUGGGAUCCACAAGGGACAGAUAGAAGCCGGCUUGCAAAUGGAGAGUGCAGUUUCCCGGCUGGCGGAGCUACGGGCUCAACACGAGGGGAAGAUCGUGCUGCUAGGUGUGGACGACAUGGACAUCUUCAAGGGGAUAGGCCUCAAGUUUCUAGCCAUGGAGGAGCUGCUGAGGCUGCAUCCGGAGCUGCGAGGCAAGGCAGUGCUGAUACAGAUAGCAAAUCCGGCACGGGGCAGAGGUAAAGACGUCGUGGAAAUUCAGCAGGAGGCGUAUGCUGUGGCCAGGCGGGUGAACGACACGUUUGGAUGGGAAGGAUACCAACCUAUCGUGCUGCUCGAGAGGCACGUCCCCUUCCACGAGCGAACAGCUUACUACGCCAUCUCCGAGUGCUGCGUCGUCACAGCCGUCAGGGACGGUAUGAACUUGAUACCGUAUGAGUACAUUCUUUGUAGAGAAGGCAUUCGUGACGAGCAGCAGCAGCAGCAGCAACAGGCUAGUGGUCAGCGAUCUUUAAAGAGGAGCAUGCUCGUGGUGUCGGAGUUUAUAGGCUGCUCGCCGUCACUCAGCGGGGCCAUACGAGUGAACCCGUGGAACAUAGAGGCGCUGGCAGAGGCUCUCAACGCGGCUAUCUCCAUGCCGGAGGCGGAGAAGUGUGCAAGGCACGAAAAGCACUACAAGUACGUGAGCUCGCACGACGUCGGGUAUUGGGCUCAGAGCUUUGUGACGGACCUGGAGAGAACUUGCCAGGAUCAUGCCAGGAGGUUGUGCUACGGGAUUGGAUUUGGGUUGGGAUUCAGGGUGGUGGCAUUGGAUCCAAACUUUAGGAAGCUUUCCGCGGAGCAUAUAGCGUCGGUUUACAGGAGGUGCGGUAGCAGAGCUAUACUUCUCGACUACGACGGCACAAUGGUGCCCCAGUCCUCGGUGAACAGGACGCCUAGCGAAGAAGUCGUAGCAAUUUUGAACACGCUGUGCAAUGACCCCAGGAACGUGGUGUUCGUCGUAAGCGGUCGGGAGAGGAAGACUUUGAGCGAUUGGUUUGAGCCGUGUGACAAGUUGGGACUUGCGGCAGAGCACGGGUUUUACUACAGGUGGUGCAGGGACAAGGAAUGGAUAAUGAGCGUGUCGGCGACGGAGUUUGAGUGGAAGCAGAUUGUGCUGCCUAUAAUGCGGCAGUACAAGGAGAGCACCGAUGGUUCUUUCAUCGAAGCCAAAGAGAGUGCUGCAGUUUGGCACCAUGAGGAUGCCGAUCCCGACUUUGGUUCGUGGCAAGCCAAGGAGCUCGUCGACCACUUGGAGAACGUCCUGGCAAACGAGCCGGUUGCUGUCAAGACUGGUCAGCACAUAGUCGAGGUGAAGCCACAGGGAGUGAGCAAAGGGAUCAUUGUCGAACGUAUCUUGCAAACGAUGGCGAGCCAGGGAACGCCCCCGGAUUUUAUUUUGUGUGUCGGAGACGACAGGUCUGACGAGGACAUGUUCGAGAGCAUCGCUUUACAGCACUCGGCGGAGCUGUUUGCUUGCACAGUCGGGCAAAAACCCAGCAAGGCCAAGUAUUUUGUUGACGACACGCCGGAAGUUAUCAGGAUGCUGCAAGGACUGGCCAAAGUGUCCGGCUCCGGCGUCAAUUCCAUAGCUGGACUCGCGACCUCAUUCUCUCAAGUCGCUCUUUCCAGUUCGAUAUGAGCGCCAAGUCGUCGUGCUGGCCCCGUCUCUCCAUGGACGCUUACGUGCGAGCUACCGGAAUGAAAAUGGUCUAAAAGUCACAGCAAAGAAAAAAGGUUCGUGUCAAUCCUUAGCAGCGAAUUGAUGAGCUCCUGCCGCUCGACUUAUCACCAACUGGAUUGUUUCUAGAUUGAGACCGCCCAGGAAGAGAGAGAGUUAGAACGACGGCGAGAGAAAAUGGAAAGAAAUGAAUAAACGUGGCUCUCUCGGAGGAGACCACCACGCCACCAUGCCUCGAUCGAUGAUUACUUGACAAGCACAGGAAAAUCGCCAGCGCAACAAACCAAGACGAUCAUCGCGAAAACUAUGUGAAUAUAUUUAAAUGCUUUAUAGAUGCUCUAAACGAUGCCGAGGAUAUUCGACGCA